AUGAACUUGCAACAGAUUAUGAGACCCAGCUCAAUUAGCGCAGACGGUAUCAAGGUCUUCGCUGGCGCUGAGCAGGAUGCCAACCUCUUCUUCAUCACCGUCGAGGCCAAGCUCAUCGCCGCUGGCAUCGACGCUGGCAUCAUCGCCGAGGGUGGUGCUGACCACCAAGGAGACGGGCAGGCUCCAGCAGCUGCCUCAUCGCCGAGCCCAAGCGCCCACGGUGCUUCGGGUCCCCGCACUCGCUCCCGCGCUCAACGCGGCCCUCGCCGCACUGGCGUCCGCCAUGACGCCGGGGACCACGACGACGAUGACGACGACGAGGGCGAUGGCGACGACCACGGCGCUCAGCCAUCUUCCUCCUCUUCCUCUCUCCCUUCUUCCGCCACUCCGAGCGGAGGAGUGCAGGUGGCGUCCCCAGCCUCUGGCCUGCUGGAUCCCCGUGAUCCACAGGUUGACGCAGCCAUCUUCGCGUUCCUCCUUGGCGUCCUGACGGGACACCCGCUGCGGCUGGCCAUCACCGACAACCGUGGCCGCUCCGGUGUGCUUGCGCUGCGCCGCCUCCGCGAGCGCUACAUCCGCAGCGGCAAGGACCACGUCAGCCGCCUCAGGCAGCAGCUCUCCUCGACCACCUGGUUGCCCACGGACACCGUCGACACGUUCAUGUCCCGCAUCACGGACAUCAACUCGCAGCUCCUCGCUGCCGGCGUGUCCAUCCCGGAGGACGACCUGCGCACCCUCGUCCGCAACGAACUCCCCGCAGAGUUUGAUGUGGCGAUGCGGUUCAUGGAGCGCGAGGACCCGCCGCCAUCGCUGUCCAAGAUGACGGCGGACCUCAUCCAGGAAGAGCGCCGCCUGCAUCGUCCCAAGAAGCGCACGCCCGUGCUCGCCAUCGGCGGACCAAGCGCUGGCUCCUUCGCUGCAUCGCCGAUGCACGCUGGCACGUCGCCCUCCGACACGAGCGGUGGACCAUGCUGUCCACCUGCAGAGCGCGUGACUUGCGCGUUCUGCAACUUCCGCGGCCACUGCGCGCAGCAGUGCCGCAAGCUGCAGGCGGCCAAGCGCUACCACCGCGUGGAGACCUUCGCCAUCCACCACGAUGCCCUCAUGCUGCAGCCCGAGGACGAGGAGGAGGGCCACGCCAUCGGACCAGUGCCACCACAGCUGUGGCUCGCUGACAGCGGUGCCACGGCGCACAUCACCAGCGACGCCUCCCUCCUCACCAGCUACAUCUGUGGAGAGACGAUAACCUCCACCUCGAGUGCUUCACAGAUCGACAGAUCGCGCUUCACUUUCGGUGAGAUACUUCAGCAACCUGCCUUCCUCGAACACCCAUGUACUGAAUCCCUCACGCUGCAUGAUCCUGCUGUUAUAUUCUAUUUGGACUGGCCACUCUCCAAGCUCAGCCAGGCGUUGAAAGAGAUUGCGGUUGAUCUCGCCACACCGUUUCAUCGGAAGGUGUACUUCUGCGACUCACUGUUUACAGUCCCGUGGCUGGCAAAGUACAUUCGUGCAAUUGAGGGUGUGCAUGGCGGUCCACCAACUGACAGCAUGAAAAGGCGCAUCAUUGGGUUUAUUGACGGGACCAUCGACCGUAUCCAGGUCGGUGGCAUGACUCCAAACAGCUUCGCCGAAGUAGGAUUGUGCGGAAGUUGCGUGGCCGUUGUGCCCUUCUCGGCGACUCCGCAUAUGCCACCGACAAGAACGUUUGGCCUCUUCAGAAGCAGCUCGAAGAGGGAACGGCAGCAUUUGAACGCAGGCGACGAUUGA